AUGGAUGAAUGGGGCAGUAUGAGAAAAUCGCCUACAACAGAAUCACAUGAAACAAAAAUACGUCUUUUGAAUCUAAUGAUUACAGGGCUCAAGAAGAGAUGCUUUUGUGAAAAAAUAUUUGCUUCAUUUUCGUCAGUUUCUAAUUCACCUAUUAUUCAGAGAGACUAUGAUACAAACGAUAUUGAAUUAGAAUUAAUUGAUUCUGGCCUUUCAAAUGACCCUGAUGAUGUCUAUAAUACAUUAAAAUUAUAUAAGUCAGUAAAAGAAAUUGUAAUAGAUCAUGGAUAUAAAAUUGAAGUAAUUGACAGUAUGUUCAGUAUGUUGAAUACAAUCUACGAAUUGGGUAUUUUAGAAUAUAACCUAUUUGUAAGUGAUCCCAAUCUAUUUGUAAGUGAUCCCAAUCUAUUUGUAAGUGAUCCCAAUCUAUUUGUAAGUGAUCCCAAUCUAUUUGUAAGUGAUCCCGAUCUCAUUUGA